AAAUGCGCAGGCGCUAGAGAUGCGAUCAAUCAGAGAAGUUCUCAUGACGCGAUAGCAGGGACAGCUGCAAAAUAUCUCAGCAAAAUGGCAGUGGAGAAGCGCUUGGCAUUCUCUAUUGUGCAGUUCCUGCGAGAUCAAACUCACUGUGGCGCUUUGAAUUCCGAUGAGCAGGAAAGCCUCGAAGUUGCAAUACAAUGUUUGGAGACCACCUUCAAGAUCAACUCCAGUGACUGUCAUCUCGCAGCACCACAACCUCUCACUGAACUAUUCCUCAAUUCUCUCCUCAAGAAUGAUCAGAAUAACCCGGUGCCACCAGAGACGUCCCCAUCACCAGAAGACACAGAGAGGGCAGAACAACUGAAGAAUGAAGGGAAUAAUCACAUGAAAGAGGAGAACUACAGCUGUGCGGUGGAAUGCUACUCAAAAGCCAUCAAUCUGGACCUCCGAAACGCUGUCUACUACUGUAACAGGGCUGCCGCCCACAGUAGACUGGGUAACUACACAGAAGCAACAGGGGACUGUGAGAGGGCCAUAGGGAUCGACCCCAGCUACAGUAAAGCCUAUGGGAGAAUGGGAUUGGCAUUUACUGCUAUGAAUAAGUACCCAGAGGCCAUCUCCUACUUUAAGAAAGCUCUGGUGUUAGAUCCAGAGAACGACACCUACAAAUCCAACCUGAAGAUUGCUGAGCAGAAGCAAAAAGAGGCAGUCAGUCCUAUCGCUACGGGACUGGGAUUUGACAUGGCCAGCCUCAUCAACAACCCUGCCUUCAUCAGCAUGGCCGCCAGUGUGAUGCAGAACCAGCAAGUGCAACAGCUUAUGUCUGGGAUGAUGUCCAAUGCAGUUGGGGGUCCAGCAGCAGGAGUGGGAGGACUGUCGGACAUUUCCAGCCUGAUUGAAGCUGGUCAGCAGUUUGCCCAGCAGAUCCAGCAUCAGAACCCAGAGUUGAUCGAACAGCUGAGAAACCACAUCCGCAGCCGCUCCUUCAGUGGCAGCGCUGAGGAGCACUCGUGAUCCACACAGGUCUGUGUACUACAACACAGAGGUUAGGGCUCGCUCUUAGAGUGCAUCUCCAUAGUCUAAUAAAGAGGCGUCCUCCCCUUCAUGUGCUCUAAUGAAAUGGUGAGAAUUAGCAUGGAGAUUGUGGUGGAUUUGAUGCCACCUGUCCAGUUAUAUCAUAGCAGAGACCUGAUUGUACAUGUGCGCUUUUGUUUUACUGGCAAUAGAUGGAUCAGGAUCUGCAUAUUAAUUACUUAAACUGUUAAUACCAUGUUGUCACACAAGGUGAAAAGGACAUUUGAAGGCAUGUAAAUGUUUCCUACCUUCAGCGUAUAUGUUUCAAUAAAGGAAGGGCAACCAUAUGAUGUGAUUACAAUCUCUACACCCAUUCCUUAAACUCACAUCACCGACAGAGCUGGAAUGAAGGGACAGAUGGGGACGAUGGCACUUCACUGGGACUGGGUCUUCAGAGAGGAGAGGAAACAUUUUACACACCCAAUCAGGAGACAGAGUAUCUAACACAUUCUAUGUACACUGAACAAAAAUAUGAACACCACAUGUAAAGUGUUGGUUCCAUGAUUUCAUGAGGUGAAAUCAAAGAUCCCCAAAAUGUUCCAUAUGCACAAAAAAGCUUAUUUCUCUAAAAUGUUGUAUACAAAUGUCUUUACUUCCCUAUUAGUGAGCAUUUCUCCUUUGCCAAGAUGAUCCAUCCACCUGACAGGUGUGGCUUGUCAAGAAACGGCAUGGUCAUUACACAGGUGCACCUUGUGCUGGGGACCAUAAAAGGCCACUCUAAAACGUGCAGUUUUGUCACACAACACAAUGCCACAUAUUUCUCAAGUUUUGAGGGAACGUGCAAUUGGCAUGCUGACUGCAGGAAUGUCCACCAGAGCUGUUGCCAGAGAAUUGAAUGUUAAUUUCUCUACUAUAAGCCACCUCCAAUGUCAUAUUAGAGAAUUUGGCAGUAUGUCCAAUCGGCCUGACAACCGCAGACCACGUGUAUGCCAACAUGUGGGCGAGUGGUUUGCUGAUGUCAACAUUGUGAACAGAGUGCUCUAUGGUGGCGGUAAGGUUAUGGUAUUGGCAGACACGGAAAACGAACACAAUUGCAUUUUUUAGAUGGAAAUCUUGAAUGCACAAAAAUAAUGUGACGAGAUCCUGAGGUCCAUUAUGAAGCCUAUUUAUUUGAGGUAUAUGUGACCAACAGAUGCAUAUCUGUAUUCCCAGUCAUGUGAAAUCCAUAGACGGGCCUAAUGAAUUUAUUUCAAUUGACCGAUUUCCUCAUAUGAAUUGUAACUCAGUAAAAUCAAUUAAAUUGUCUUUUAUAUUUUUGUUCAGUAUAGAUGAUACCCAAUCAGGAAACAGAGUUUCAAACACAUUCAAGACUCCCAAUUAGUUUCAAAUACAUUUCCACCAAACAUUGUGCACAGUUCUAGAGACCCACAUUAAAUAAAGUUUAUUUGUCACGUACACAGAUUAGCAGAUGCUAAAGCAGGUGCAGUAAAUGCUUGGUUUUUAGCUCCAGCAGUGCAGUAAAUGCUUGGUUUUUAGCUCCAGCAGUGCAGUAAAUGCUUGGUUUUUAGCUCCAGCAGUGCAGUAAAUGCUUGGUUUUUAGCUCCAGCAGUGCAGUAAAUGCUUGGUUUUUAGCUCCAGCAGGUGCAGUGAAAUGCUUGGUUUUUAGCUCCAGCAGGUGCAGUAAAUGCUUGGUUUUUAGCUCCAGCAGGUGCAGUGAAAUGCUUGGUUUUUAGCUCCAGCAGGUGCAGUGAAAUGCUUGGUUUUUAGCUCCAGCAGGUGCAGUGAAAUGCUUGGUUUUUAGCUCCAGCAGUGCAGUGAAAUGCUUGGUUUUUAGCUCCAGCAGGUGCAGUGAAAUGCUUGGUUUUUAGCUCCAGCAGGUGCAGUGAAAUGCUUGGUUUUUAGCUCCAGCAGGUGCAGUGAAAUGCUUGGUUUUUAGCUCCAGCAGUGCAGUAAAUGCCUAACAGUAUAAUACUAAUACACAAAAAAGAAGAGACAGAGAUACAAGAAAUUAAGAAAUAUCAGAACAAGGAUUAUUGCAAAUGGAUCUGUGUUUUUGUAUUUUGUUUGUAUAUUGUGCUGUAGUAGCAAUGUCCUAACCAUUGCCCUGUUCCUAUACUGAAUUACAGAUCCUUUGUUCCUCUGAAAGAUUUAAAUGAUCCAACAGAAUUGUAUGUAGGGGAAUGCAGGGGUGUAUUCAGUGAGGGGAAACCAGAUAGAAAUUAAAUAAAUAGAGCGGAUACAAUUCCCUAUUCUACAUGACAGGCAAUUGUACCUGGUCUACACAAUACAGUUCUAUGUUAACGUUCUGUAACAUUGCACCUGCAAGUACUGGCCCCAGGAUUUGAUUUAUUAAUAUUGCUUGUAGUAAUUGCCUUGAUGAGGGGAAGGAAUUAAGGAAGGGGAGAAAUUGAGGAAGGAGUUAAGGAAUGAGAGUAAAGGGAUGAAGAAAUUAAGGAGGGAAAGGGAGAAAAUAAUUAAGAAAAGUGCGAAAAGGGAUUAGAGAAAGGAGGAAGGAAUUAAGGAAGGACUGAAAGGGAUAAAGGAUGCAUGUGUGAAGUAUUUGAACAGGGAGCACGUAUUCCCUUUCUCAUGAUUACAUGACAGUUAUACACGACAGAAGGGGUACAUUGUUUUCUAUUCUACCAUGUUCAAACUGUUAUUUUUGUACCAAAUAUUUUGCUAUAGUUGCUGUUGGGUCAAACAAAGGGCCGAAGCCUUGAUCAUGUGGAAUUCUAGCAUUGCUUUCAAUAGUAAUUAUCUGACUGCUAAUUUGACGAUAAAGGAGUGUCCAUGAAAGUGUUUCGUGUCUGCAGCCCAACACCCCUGUAUUUACAAUCAUAGCAAACACACGUCAAUGCCAUUUCCCUUUUUGAUUCAGUUUCAUUUCACAUAGCUAAAGCAAUGUUGAUAGCUAGUAUAAGACUCAUUCAGUCUUGUUGAUUUUGCAUGCUCUUCCAUCUGAUGUGUCAGACAAGCUAAUGAAUAUGCUUGUAAAACAAAGCAGCGUAAUGUUUUGUCCAAAAAUAUGUCUCAAUAAAAUGUAUUACAAUUGAUAGCUGUUGAAAGUCUUGUUGUGAAAUCAUAUAAUGAAAUCGCUUCAGAGGCAGAUUUGUACAAUACCUUGA